UAUACGAUAAACGAGCGCGCGAAUAAUUGCCACCCGGAACGUGUUCUGAUAAGCGCCCACCGACGAUCGUCGAUGUCGUAUAAAAGUGCUAAAAGAGAAAUUUUGCGCUUUUAGAAUGGUUGUAGCUUCGCGAGCCAGUUGUACUUGAACGAUCGGUUGUGAUUGGUUUGGUGAUCGUUUUUUGUAGUAAAAAAAAUGCAACUUCUGUGAAGACACGCAUAAACGGACUCUGUACAGUGAUGUUUGCAGACGCAUUGUUUCGGUGGUUAAGUCUGGUCACGGUGGUCACGAUCAGUCUGCAGCUGGUUGCCGCUGUCGAUUGGAACUUUCUGAAGUGUUUCGAGACUGUCAAACGAUGUCCAAACCAGAAUGUGUCGUUUUAUCUGUACACGAGAGAAACUCAAGAAAAUCCUACCCAACUGGACAUGUUCAAUCCCGAGUCGAUCUUGAGCGCCAACUUUAUCAGAGGACGGCCAUUAAUAGUACUGAUCCAUGGCUACACUGGACAUCGUGAUUACGCACCUAAUCCAACAAUUAGACCAGCAUACUUUGCCUACGAUGAGUUCAACAUCAUAUCCGUCGAUUAUCAUCCCUUGGCACUGGAACCGUGCUAUCUGCAGGCGGUACGGAACCUUCCCACGGUAGCAAACUGUACAGCACAGCUGCUCGAUUUUAUCAUCGCCAACGAUAUCAUCCCGCUCGACGAUAUACACGUGGUGGGUUUUAGCCUCGGUGGCCAAACUUCCGGCAUGAUCGCGAACUAUCUACGAGCCGGUCGGCUGAAGCGCAUUACGGGACUCGAUCCCGCCAAGCCACUGUUCGUGUUUGCUACGAACGAGUACAAGCUCGACCAGUCGGACGCGGAGUUUGUGCAGGUUAUCCACACGGACGUGUUUCAGCGUGGCAUUCUACACCCGAGCGGCCACACGGACUUUUUCGUGAAUGGUGGCGUAGUGCAGCCGGGGUGCGAUGCAGCCACCAUGAUGACUACGGGCGAGUGCAACCACAACCGGGCGCCCGAGUACUACGCUGAAUCGAUCGCCACCGAGGUGGGAUUCUACGGGUAUCGGUGCGCUCACUGGUACCUGUACAUGCUCGGUAUCUGCCGUGGAGGCGGCCCCAGCGAACAGGUCGCUAUUAUGGGAGCGCACACUCCCAACACAACUCGGGGUCUCUACUUCCUGACCGUUAACAUGAUGCCGCCUUAUGCAAGAGGAAGAAAUUACACCUUACGAGAGGAGCUAGCGGAGAUAUCGGCUAACAUUGGACACUAGUGGGCGCCUUUCCGCUCCCUUUUUGGGGCGAUACAUUAAGUGACACAGACCAACCAAGGACCAGGUGGAACCAAUUGGGGACCAAAAAUAUAAUUCGCACUAAUGCAACCCA